ACACCGCGACAUUCACGCUGGUGACGGGCAGAUGCGACGGGCCAUGUUCCUUUCCUUGCCGGAACCGAUGCAGCUAUUCUGGGAAGCAGCCGCCAUGUCCGCCUAGCAUUCACUCGUUCCUUCCAUUCCUGCCCCUCGGUACACUACGCCCUGCAGCACCUCGCUAUAGGCCAAAUACUGUUCGUGUCUGGAAAACAACAAAAGUGGCUCCACAGGUCCAACUGCCAUGGCCGACGCACGCGCUAUCCUGUCCAUCAUCCUGUACUGCCUCUGGCUGCCUACGAGCAAGAUCCUUUCCGCCAUCAUCUUCAUCCUUUCACCCUUCUGGGCGCUCGCGCAAUUCAUCCUCCUUCCUGCGGUUUACCUCCUCAAGUCCAUCUACGCCGUCGUAUCAUUUCCAUUCCGACUACACCUACUGGAACGCAUUGAAACUAUAUACAUAUGGGUCGGAGUCGCUGGCUUGAUAGGAUGCAUCGCCGGCACUGCCCUCUUUCUGCUCUUCAAGUUCCUCACAUCGGCUUUCCACAUCGAUGGAACAGGGAGUGCUUCUAGGACUAGUGGCAGGACAGUGAAGGAGUUCAGAGCGACGAGGCGGGUCAAGAAAGAGCCUUACACUAGCAGCCCAUCCGGCCGGAGAAUCGACAAAGUAGCAGCACUUCGGAAGGGGGUUCUAUCUUCGCAGCCGAUUCUGGAGGAAGAGUCUGAAUAUUGAUGCCGAGGACUGGGUCACCUCUUGUACUCUAUUGCCCACAGAACACCUGAUCGAAUGCACCACUUCUAUCGGCAUCUGGCACUUCUCCAGUAUCAGUACUUGUUGAGUGACGUGCCUUGGCU